CGCUGUUCCAAAGUCAGGAAGGAUCUGAUCUCUCCAGUUGAAUCGGUUUAAUCGAACAAUCAUGAAGGCUGUAGCUCUCAUCCUUGCUCUUGCAUUUGUUGCAGGCUGCAAUGCCCGCGUUGUGCUCCCCCUGUCCCCCCAGACCACCUGGGAAGGCUCGGUGGAUCAGUUCUGGCAGUACAUUGCCGAUCUCAACACCAAAGCCGAUGGCGUGGUGGAGAACAUCAAGGCCUCCCAGAUCAGCAGGGAACUAGACACCCUGAUCACCGACACCAUGGCCGAGCUGGCCGUGUACCGGGAGGACAUCACCACCAAGCUGGGCCCCUACGCCGAUGACACCAAGGGCCAGCUGACCCAGGACAUGCAGCUGCUGACCGACCGCCUGCAGAAGGACAUGAUGGACGCCAAGGAGAGGAGCGGCCAGUACCUGGAGGAGGUGAAGGCUCUGGUGGAGCUCAACGCGGAGGAGGCCAACACCCGCCUGGGCACCUACACCCGCAAGCUGAAGAAGCGCCUGAGCAAGGACACAGAGGAGAUCCGCAACACCGUUACCACCUACCUGGGCGAGGUCCACUCCCGCACCAGCCAGAACCUGGACAUGGUGAGGGGGCACGUGCAGCCCUACGUCAGCCAGGCCCACGGCAGCGCCAGCGAGAAGCUGGGCAGCAUCACGGCCCUGCUGAAGACCCAGGCCGACGGUCUGAGCCAGCAGCUGGAGACCCAGGCCGAGGGCCUGAAGACCCAGCUGGAGUCCACCGCUGAGGAGCUGCGCACCACCAUGGAGGAGAAGAUGGACCAGCUGGGAGACAUCCUCGCCCCCUUCGUCGCCAAGGUCCGCGAGCAGAUCCAGACCAUCACAGACACCGUCCAGGAGAACGCCGGCCAAUAGAUUCUCCUAAGAUCACAGGGUUGGGGAAGGGGGGGGUUAGAUGAUUCAUGAUGAGCUAUUGUUUUCUUUGAGGGGGGGGGGGGGGGGGGGAGUUGAGUGUUACCAGUGUGUGUGUGUGUGUGUGUGCAUGUGUGUAUAUGAGGAGGGUGGGGGAGGUGCUCGAUGGUGUGUUGACGAUCGCUUUAAAGUGACUUGUCAGCACAUCUUAGCACCUGCCUGUUAGAUCCUGUCUUCCUGUUUGGUGUUAGAUCAGUGGUGUCCUUCAUCUCCUCUUGUCUCUCCUGAUCCCCUGAACCCCAGCCGGUCUGAGGCCCUGUCCAGAGCCACUGCGUUUGAAUGCUUUACAUCUGCUUCGUUGAGUGAAAUCCUCUUGUGGUUUAACCUUGAUUCCCAAGUGCACUGAACCCUGUGGUUGCAUAUUAUGAAGCCACCAGUAUACCUACAGUUAAUACCCAAACCAUUUAAGCACCCAUGUCUACUUUAGAUUAACACUGUUUGUGCUUCUCAAAUGUGAGUGAAAGUCUUUGAGUUCAUUGUGAGUUCUACACUUCACCAGGCUACCUGAUUGUUCAUUUGUUCAGGCUGAAGUGUAACGGAACAAUGAAUAAAAAACAAACAAAACUAAACUGUUCUGAUUUGCUUUCUUA